AUGCCGGACAACCAUCACCACAUCCAGGACGAGGUGCUGCGGCACUCUCUCGAAGACCCAGACGACUUCUGGCGGCACCAGGCCGAGCACCUUCACUGGCAUAAGAAGUUCUCGUCCACCAUCCAGCUGACCCAGAAGACGCUCAAGAACGGCAUCACCCACGACAGCUGGGAGUGGUUCCCGGAUGGCGAGAUCUCCACCUGCUACAAUUGCGUUGAUCGCCAUGUUCUCGAUGGCCAUGGCGACUCGGUUGCCAUCUACUUCGACAGCCCUGUCACUAACACCAAGGAGCAGUACACCUACAGCCAGCUGCUCGAGGAGGUCGAAAUCCUCGCCGGCACCCUAAGGGAAGAGGGCGUCAAGAAGGGAGACGUUGUCAUGCUCUAUAUGCCAAUGAUUCCAGCCGCCGUCAUGGGAAUUCUGGCCAUCAACCGACUGGGUGCCAUCCACUCCAUUGUGUUUGGCGGCUUUGCACCGAACGCUCUCGCACAGCGCAUUGAUUCUUGCAAGCCAGUUGCCCUCCUAACAGCCUCAUGUGGCAUCGACGGCAACAAGCCCCCUAUCGCCUACAGGCCCUUGGUAGAAGAGGCAAUCUCCCUUUCUACCCACAAACCAAGCAAGACUAUCGUCUGGCAACGUGAUCAGAUCCGGUGGAAUCCGAUGGACCGGAAUGCUGGUCAAGCUACCUGGCAAAAGCUCGUCAGGAGCGCCCGAGCCCGAAACAUCAGGGCAGAUUGCGUACCCGUCAAGAGCACCGAUCCCGUUUACAUCAUUCAUACCUCGGGUACCACUGGCACUCCCAAGGGUGUCCUGCGCGAUGCUGGCGGUCAUGCUGUCGGUCUGCAUCUCUCCAUUAGCUACCUCUUCAACAUUCACGGGCCGGGUUGUGUUGCCUUCACGGCUUCCGAUAUUGGAUGGAUUGUUGGACAUUCAUACAUCGUCUAUGGACCUCUCCUCACUGGUGCAGCAACCGUUCUUUAUGAGGGAAAACCAGUUGGAACCCCUGAUUCCUCGGCUUUCUGGCGUGUUGUGGAAGAGUACAAGGUCAACACCAUGUUCACUGCACCAACCGCCCUCCGAGCUAUCAAGCGCGAUGACCCCGACAACAGCUUAAUCGCCGAGUUUGGCAAGCGAGGCGGCCUCAAGUCUCUCAAGGCCCUCUUCCUGGCUGGCGAGCGAUCAGAACCAACGCUCAUUCAAAUGUACCAGGAUCUUCUAACCCAGUACGGCGCUGACGACUCCCACGUCAUUGACAACUGGUGGUCCACGGAGGUCGGCUCCCCCAUCACUGGCCGUGCUCUCGUUCCACACGCUGGCAAGCACCGCAAGACAGACGUUCGUGACCACCCACCUCCCCAUCUAAAGGCUGGAAGCGCCGGCAAGGCCAUGCCUGGGUUCGAUGUGCGGAUCGUGGACGACGAGGGCCAUGAAGUCGAGAAGGGUUUGAUGGGGAACAUCGUCCUAGCAAUGCCUCUAGCACCAACGGGCUUCCGGACUUUGUGGCAGGAUGAGGAGCGAUUCUGGAAGGGGUACCUGAAGAGGUUUCAGGGAAAGUGGCUAGACACAGGAGACUCGGGCUGGAUCGACCAUCAGGGCUAUAUCCAUGUGAUGAGCCGAAAUGAUGAUGUUCUGAAUGUGAGCGCACAUCGUCUAUCAAGUGGCUCCAUUGAGCAAGCAAUUGCCACCCAUCCCCUCAUUGCUGAGUCCUGCGUUGUGGGCGUUCCCGACCCCAUUAAGGGUCAAAUGCCCUUCGCAUUCAUCACUCUCUCCACACCGGAUCACCCAUCGUCUGCAGUGCCAGACCAGCAAAUCACGGCCGAGAUUCAGAACUUGGUGCGUCGACAGGUCGGUCCCAUCGCGACACUUGGCGGCAUCAUCCAGGGUAAAGCCAUGAUCCCUAAAACACGAUCUGGCAAAAUGCUACGGCGUGUCCUGCGGGAGAUGGUGGAGAACGCUGCGCAUGGUGAACUCGCCAAAGAGGUUGCAGUGCCUAGCACCAUUGAGGAUGCGGCUAUGAUAGAUGUAGCUCGAGAAAAGAUCAGGGAGUACUUUGAGCUCAGGGGAUCUAAGCAUGGUGCCGUUGAGGGCAUGAUCAAGGCCCGACUGUAG